AUGUCCAAACGAAACAGAGAAGAAAUUACAAAAAGAUAUCUAGAAGAUGCUGAUUAUGAUGACUCUGACGAUGAAGACUAUGAACCUUCCGAUGAAGAAUCACAACAAAAGAUUAAUCCAAAUCAGAGUGGCAGAGAGAAAAUUAAACAACUACCUGAACAUUUGAAAGGAAAGGCAAAGAUUGAAGAAUUGAAUAAGAUUCACUUUGACAUUUUUACAAGUUUUGAUCAAGAUGAUAAUGCCAAUAAUAAUAGUAAUAAUAAUAAUACAACUGAUGAUGAUGAGUUGAGUCGUUGGGAUAGAGAAAGAUCAAUCUUUUUAUGUCAAAAUAUUUUACAUGGAGAUGAGGAUGAAAUGUUCAGCAGUGCUCGACUAGUUAGAACCUUUGCAACUCACAUCUCUAAAUUUGAUAGUUUACAGGAACAAGUCAUGAAGGAAGAAGAUAAUGAUGAAAACAAGAAGAAGAAACAAGUUCUCCUCUCAAUUCAAUGCAGAAAUAAGAGUAAUAUUGAUGUUAUACUCAAGUUCUUUAUUGGUGGAGAGGCUUUAACAGAAUUAGACACACAGGUUCCAAAAAAACAAAUUGUGGAUAUACGUGGUUAUGAUGAUAUGAUUGGAAAAUUGAGAAGAAAAUUACUAAUUGAUGCAUAUGAACCAAUGAAUCAAAGCAGCAGCAGCUCAGCAAGUGGAAGUAACAGUGCUGGUGGUAGUAGUAGUUCCAACUCUUCAACCUAUCUUAGAGACUAUGGUUCGAUAAAAAUUGAGGUUUAUCAAGCCAUUAGAGAAAAGUCAAAGAUUGAUUCUGAUUAUGAAGAUGAUUCUGAUGAGGAAGAGGAUGAAGAAAAGGACGAUUUCAUAGCAACUAGCUCAUCAGAGGUUGAAAAACUGAGUCGUUACACACAAAACAUGAAACAGCAAGAACGUUGUGGAAUGCAAGUUUCAUUUAAGGCUUCAAGAAUUGAAAGACCAAAGAAAAAGGUAAAGAGGAAGGGAAAGAAAGCAAAGUUUGAAACCAUUUUCGAAGAAGGACCUCUACUGUUCCAAUCUGUUUACAAGUACAGAUCUUAUUUGGGUUUCUUGUGUGAACUUCAAGAAUAUAAUAUUGACUUGGGAAAGACCAAAAACAUGGCCAGAGGAAGAUCAUUAGAUAAUGAAAGUUCUUCCUCUGAUGACGAAUCUUCUUCCUCUGAUGAUGAUGAUGAAAAUGGAAUCAAGACAGAAGAGCAAGAUGAUGGCGGUUUUAUUGAUAUUACAGAUGAUGUUGAAGAACCACCUAAAAUAAUUCCAACAGUUUCUCUUGAUAGUGAUGACGAAGAGGAAACUGAUGUCAAACCAACAGCUGCUGAACUCGAGAAACAUGCCAAACAAUCCUCAAUCUGUCAAGCUUCAAGCAGUACAUCCAGCUCAGCAAUUCAACAGAGUAGUAGUGCCUACUCAUUCAAAGAAACCAUCCAAGAUGUGGAGAAAAAGAAUGUAGAUAAUUUGAUGCGAUUCAUCAAACUCAAUGAUGAAACAUUAUACAAUGAAGUUAAGGAUAUUUUCAAGAAAUUUCAGGUUUCUGGAAGCAAAUUGUUGAGUAGGACUCUUGAUUACCCUAAAAUGGGGGUGAGUGUUAAAUACCAAAUUAAGAUUUUACAAAUUGUAGAUAAGAUUAUUGAUAAUUCCAUGUAAAUAUAUAUGUAAUAAUUUAUUUAAAUGUAAAUCUAUAAUAUGUUUC